UCCCUCUUCAGUUCCGUUAGAAAUUCAGAAUGCAAAAGUUGAAAUAAUUGAUGAGAAGAUUUUCGGAAGGUCUUCUUGUAUUCGAUUGUUAUCGCUAUUCAGGAAAAUGAUGUUUUUACGAAGCAAUUUCCUAACGUUGAUACUCAUCAUUGUGUUCAGUUCAUGCUUAGGAGAUAAUCCCCCCUGUCCACUCGAUUACUAUGCCGAGAAGGAUUAUAAGGAAACCCAAAUAGAAAGAGAAAAAAAUACAGACGAAGGCGAACCACAGACCGGCCUUACAAUAAACGAUAUCAUGCCUGAGGAUCCAAAUAACUAUGACAAAAUGAGACCUCCCAAAAAGAAUGGUAACCCAACUACAGUAUACUUUCAUGUUACCGUUAUGGGUUUGGACAGCAUUGAUGAAGGUUCAAUGACCUACGCCGCCGAUAUCUUUUUUGCUCAAACUUGGAAGGAUUACAGACUACGACUUCCUGAAAACAUGACCACCGAAUAUAGAUUGCUCGAGGUAGAUUGGCUGAAGAAUAUGUGGAGGCCUGAUUCUUACUUCAAAAAUGCUAAAUCAGUUACUUUUCAAACUAUGACAAUACCAAAUCACUAUAUGUGGCUUUAUAGGGAUAAGACGAUUCUUUACAUGGUUAAGUUGACUCUGAGAUUGUCAUGUGCCAUGAAUUUCAUGAUAUACCCACAUGACACCCAAGAAUGUAAACUACAAAUGGAAAGUCUUUCUCAUACAACAGCAGAUUUGAUUUUCCAAUGGGAUCCUGAUGUUCCACUUGUCGUUGAUAAGAAUAUAGAAUUACCACAGUUAGCACUUGUUGAAAACCAUACAGCAGAUUGCACACAAGUGUACUCAACAGGUAAUUUCACGUGCUUGGAGGUAGUUUUCCAAUUGAAAAGACGUCUGGGGUAUUAUUUGUUCCAUACAUAUAUUCCAACAUGUUUGAUUGUUAUCAUGUCGUGGGUAUCUUUUUGGAUAAAACCAGAAGCUGCACCAGCUAGAGUUACACUAGGAGUUACAUCUCUACUUACUCUUUCAACACAACAUGCAAAGAGUCAAGCUGCUCUACCUCCAGUAUCAUAUUUAAAAGCAGUGGAUGCUUUCAUGUCAGUGUGUACAAUAUUUGUUUUCAUGGCACUGAUGGAAUACUGCUUGGUUAAUAUAGUCCUAGGUGACUCAGAUCUUCCCAAACCGCCUCAACCUAAUUCGAAAAUAGAAUCAUUGAUCGAAGGACCAACUACAAAGGAGAAUUCCUUUCUUCUCAGUGGAAAACCCAAAGUUGCACCCACUGUUUCUCCUGCUCAAAGAGCCAGAAAUCAAGCCAUAAACAUUGAUCGAUUUUCUAGGGUAUUUUUUCCAGCGUUAUUCGCUGUACUCAAUGGGACGUACUGGAUUAUGUUCGCUGAGUAUAUAUGAAUUGAUUGCGCCAUGACAUUUUUAUUGUUGAAGUUGAAUAUAUACAUAUGGUAUCCAUUUGAAUUACGACCUAGAAUAAUCGUGUUCAAUCAGUCUAAAGAUAAAUUAGGUAAUUCGAUAUAGAUUCAAUAAACAUGAUUCUCAGUCAAAUUUAAUAUAAACACGUAUUUCAUUAUCACAAUUGAAACAUAUAAAAAAUUACGGACAUUUGGGCCAAUGAUAGCUUGUUCCAGGACGCAAAAAUAUCAUUCUAAAUAUUAUAUUUACUAAUGCAUCAAGUGAAAAUCUAUAUACCUAAUGUUUAACGAGCUAUUUUAGUUUAUAGUCAAUCGAGUAUUGUUAAAGUUUUUUAGAAUAAUUUUUCUGAAAGUAUAAAUUUUGCAAUUUAGUAGCUAUAUCACACAAAAGUUGAAAAUAUCUAUCAAUUUAGUAGAAAUCAUGUUAAUUCAAUCUAUAUUUGUUCAAUUAAACGUUUUCAGGAUAUCAGCCAUAUCCAUUUGAAAGUACUUGGGGCUGUUACAUUGACUAAUUAAUUCUAAACGACCGUAUUUUGAAAAUAACAUGAAAUUAUUCUGACUAUUCAUGAUUUCAUUGUACGAAAAAUGUGUAAAAACAUCUAUGAUUAGUUUCGUCUAAGAUAUUGGGAAAUAUUAGUAUUGACAACUACUCACUCUCGAAAAAAUAUAACAAAAGUGGUGACUAAGCCAUAACCAGCCUUCUUCAAUUUGAAGGAGAUUCACAUUCCUAUUUCAGUCGAUAUCUCCAUAAUUUUUUUGGGUUCUCAUCAAAUUUCGCUACAAUUCUAUUAUACAGCGCCACCUACACCGAAUGAAAGGGAAAUAUCGGUAAUCCUGCAACUUCGCGUCGCGUGAAAUGUUUUGAACAAAAUCUAAUAAGUGGAUACACAAUAUUUUCAGCCAUCCCAGUUUUGCCCCUAAAUAAUAAUAAAUAUUAAUAUGUAUCUAAAUGAGAUGUCAAAGUCAUUUGAUAGAUGUUUACCUAUUGACAAAAUUAUUAGAAGCCUUAUUAUAAAUCUUCAUCUAAAUUAUUGAUAGGAAAAAAUACAUAUCUCACUUAAUAUUCAAGUUACUGUUUUUAAAAAGUUCUGUUCUAAAUGAAAAUAUGUAGUUUCAAUUUAUUUUAAUUUAUAGCUGCUUAAUUCUUCGUCCAUUGAUAAAAUGCAUACAUAACAGAAGUUUGGUUGGAACAUGAAGAAAGAGGAAUUUCUUUUACCAACUUUUUCUCAUGCUUACCGCAACGUCCAAUCAAAAGAUCAAAUGAAAACAAUAAUAUUUAUGUUGUCCAUUCCACAUUGAAA